AUGUCAGCAAUAUCCGAUAGUGAUACGGAAACCGAGGUUGUUUCAAGAAACCUUUGUGGAGUUGUUGACAUCGGCUCCAAUGGUAUUAGAUUUAGCAUUUCCUCGAAAGCGUCACAUCAUGCAAGAAUCAUGCCAUGUGUGUUUAAAGAUAGAGUUGGAAUCUCUUUGUUUGAGGUACAAUAUGCAGCAAACUCCUUAGAAAAGGCUCCAAUUCCUCAGGACACUAUUAAAGAGGUUUGUGCGGCCAUGAAAAGAUUCAAACUUAUCUGUGAUGACUUUGGGGUUCCUGAGACUGGAGUUAGAGUCGUUGCAACAGAAGCAACCAGAGAGGCGAUCAACUCGAGUGAGUUUGUUGGCGCAAUUUUUGACUCUACUGGUUGGGAUGUAGAGCUUUUAACCAAAGAAGAGGAAGGUAAAAUCGGAGCCUACGGUGUCAUAUCCUCGUUUAAUUCGGUAUCUGGUCUCUACAUGGACCUGGGCGGCGGAAGCACUCAACUCUCCUGGAUCAAAUGUAUUGAUGGAGAAAUAAAGAUGUCUCCAACACCCGUUUCUCUCCCCUACGGUGCAGGCGCACUGUCCAGAAGAAUGAGAUUAGAAAAUAAAAGAGACCUUUUCAUCGAAAUUAAGGACGCUUAUCGGGAUGCACUUAACAAAAUAGAUCUGCCUCAAGAAAUGAUUGAUGAAGCUCACGUAAAAGGCGGUUUCGACCUUUUUACUUGUGGCGGAGGGCUGAGGGGAAUGGGCCAUGUCCUGUUGUCGCAAAUAAAAGAAUAUCCCAUUCAAACAAUAAUAAACGGGUUUUCAUGUUCAUACGAGGAGUUUUCGGGUAUGGCUGACUAUCUGUUUUUGAAGGCAAAACUACCUGGUUCAGACAAAAUCUUCAAAGUUUCAGAUCGCCGAGCACAACAACUUCCAGCGGUCGGUUUGUUAAUGAGUGCUGCUUUUGAAUCGCUUCCUCAGGUUAAAACUGUUCAUUUCAGCGAAGGUGGAGUGAGGGAAGGGACGCUCUACUCGAUUCUCCCAAGAGAGAUCAGAGCCCAAGACCCUCUUCACAUAGCAACUAGACCAUAUGCCCCACUUCUUGCCUCCAAAUACUUGGAGCUAUUAAGGACGGCAAUUCCAGAAAAAGAGGCUCCAAAAAUUGUUUAUACAAGAAUCGCACCUGCUCUCUGCAAUCUGGCUUUUGUUCAUGCAUCUUAUCCGAAGGAAUUGCAGCCUACCGCUGCUCUACAUGUUGCAACCACUGGUAUAAUUGCUGGCUGCCAUGGGCUAUCUCAUCGUGCUCGGGCGUUGAUCGGAAUAGCUUUGUGCAACAGAUGGGGAGGCGACAUCCCAGAACAAGAAGAAGAGCACAAAAAACUCCUGGAAGAUGUCGUUCUAAGGGAUGGAAACAAGAUUGAAAGACAAAGGAUUGUGUGGUGGACAAAGUAUAUUGGCACUAUCAUGUACGUGAUCUGUGGUGUACAUCCAGGCGGAAACAUUAGAGAUGGACUUUUCAACUUUAACAUAGAACAAAAAGAUAGGACUGACAAAGAGCUUCAAAGCUUGACUAUCGACGAGAAAAUGACUUCUUCUGGAUCUAAGAAGCGCGAAUUUGAAGUUAUUGUUAGAAUAAGUAGAGAUGAUUUGAAAACCAGUGCUUCUGUUAGGGCAAGAAUUAUAACGCUGCAGAAGAAAAUAAGGAAACUUUCCCGAGGAAGUUCCGAGAAGGUCAAAAUAGGAGUUCAGUUUUAUGAGGAUUCAUAG